CACGUGUCUCGUGCCGGCUUGCUUGUUCCUCCAAUGCGCGAUUCAUUACUUUUCAUUCCGAAACGAGUCGGUCGGGGUAGGGAGUAUACUUGCAAGAUGGCGGCGCGGUGGGGAGCAGGCGAGGAGACUUUAACAGCGUGCAAUAUGGAUUUUUUCUCUAUGGAUACACUAGACGAGACUGCUGUGCUGAGCUCUGGAGAAACUCUGGAGGCCCUUCAAAGCUGCUUGGAUCCCUCCAUUCUUUCUAUCUUUGAGGACACACCAACAAUAGAGACUAAAGGCCUAGAUGAAGAGAGCGACGCCACACUGCUAACAGCUCUGACGGAGAUCCUUGACAAUGUGGAUGAUGAUAACCUGUCCCCGUUUGACACACUUCCCGACUCAGACCUGCUGUCGGGUCAGAAGGGCAGGGAACAUUCUCCGCUCAGGAGAUUGCUGUGUCUGUCCCGUUCCCCUCCAGAAAAAGACGCACUGUGUAGCACAAGACCCUUAUCAACUGGAAAGAGCCUCCCCAGGAUACUGGCAGACUCUCUCCAGAGGAGUGAUGGGGAGGAAGAGGAAGAUGGCUCCCUCACUCUGAGCCCAGUGAGGCAUGAUUCCUCUCCAGAUAAUGACCUGCUAGACUGGGAAGGUCUGGCCCUCCCGCUUCCUGUCACCUUUGAGCAGGAGGGUGAAGAUGGUGUUUCAUUUAGCCUGGGAGACCUGGUCAGGCAUAUGCACCCGUACUGUAUGGCCAUUUGUGUGGAGAAUGACGAGGGGGAACAGAUGUUGCCUGAAGGAGGCAUCUUAUUUGAGGUUGUGGACCAGGGGGAAAAUGGAGAACCCAUCCUGGCUAUCCCAGACAUGGAUCUCCCAGUCUCUGUGCCACUUACAGAGCAGUCUUCAGAAAAUGUGCAGAAAGUUUCAGAUGAAGGAGAAGAAGUGGCCUCUGACAGUUCGGAGCAUAUAGUCGUUGAUGAUGAUGAUAAUGUAACCGUCAGCAAGGCUCCUGUGAAAGUUGCACCCCCUGUGACACCAGGCCUAUGUUCAGAUGUGAAAGAUGAGAUGAUCGUUAAGAGACAGAAAGAAGAGAUUAAAGAGAAAAGUCCCUCCCGGAGAAAAAAGAAAAAGAAAUGCAAGGAACAGUGCCAACCUGAACCUGUGGAGGGAAGGGUCCUUAGGAGUGGCACGGUAAGAAAUACAGCACAGGAAUCGCCCAAAAAGCCUGAAAAAAGGUCAGUCAAAGGAGAGAAGAAACACAAAGUCCCAAAGGUUCUUCUUGCCUCAACUUCAGCUUCUUCCUCUGUAAAACCUAAGAAACCUAAUCCAUGCCAAACUGAAACACAAAAAGAAAUCACCACUACAACACUAUUACCUGAAAUUAAUGUGCAAGUUGCCACAUCUGUGUCACUCAGACAGGAAACGGCUCUGUUAAAUGCUAGCCCUGAGAAGAGUCAGCCCAGCUGUUCACCCACAGCAGUGAGCUCCCAACAGCCAGAUGAAACACCCGAACAGCAUGCCCCUGAGAAGCUUGAAGGCUCAUCAGCAGCUCCCUCUACUGUCCUGCCUUCGGUGUCUUCAGAGACCCCUGCAGCUGCUCCUAGUUCCAUGACACCACCUGUUAGUAAGGCCAUCCUUCCUGAGGCCCCUGCGAUCUCAGAGCCAAAACCCAAAUCGCUGAGUCUAGCUGAGUACCGGCGGCUCAGACAGCAGAAAAAGCCAGCUCCGGUGGAAAAACAAGACAACAACAGCACCAAGUGGCCCAGCCUUCCAGAGCUUCCCAAAGAGCUUCCUCUUAUUCCCUGCCUGCCUGACCCCACCCCCAGUCAUCCUCGACGCCCCAACCCCCAGGCAGCAAAGAAGGAAGAGGAGGUCAGACCUGCCUGGCAGCCAAGGGGGCCCUGUGCACCACCCACCCCUGAGGCACUGUUGGUGCCACCAGCCUACAUGGUUGCCUCAUCCAGCAUGGUUUCAGCUGCUACUCCUGUUCCUAAACCCCAGCAAACACCCGAACCUUCCAAACCUUCUCUACCCCAAAAGCCUUCAGCUCCUGCCACUAAUGCAGUAAAGAAUUUGCCCACACAUCGACACAACACUGCUCAACCUGCAGUACCUUGUGUGCCUCAGAGCUCUGGGUCUUCUUUUAAACCUGCCACUCCGUUCAUGUCUACGGCAGAUGGGAAAUGUUCUCCUGUGCUUUCAGUAGGAAAGGGUGGAGUCGAUGAAAGUCCCCAAUCUCAGCCUGUAUCUCCUAAGUCUGUAGAGCUCACUAAAACCUGUCCUAAAACCACUACAGAGGUGAUCAAACCCACCGCUGCUACUAUGUCUGCUCCCAGUGCCCCCCAGAAGAUCACUAUUGGUAUUCAUAAGAUGCCUGAGGUCACUGCUCCUACCUCAUUAAGUAACCCCAUCACAUCUGAUAGCAUGUCCUCCAAACCCACAGCCAAUGGUACCCAGCUGUGUUCUUCUCCGGCUACUCAUCCAUUAGACUCCAAGAGUCUAAAGGCAGAACCUUUUGUGCUUGAAACUAAAGAGAAACCCACUACAGCAGUGAAACCCCAAAGGGCAAAGAGCCCCACACAGGAGCUGAUUGAGGCCUUCACCAGUGAGAUAGGUAUUGAAGCUACUGAUCUGACCAGCUUGCUGGAGCAGUUUGAGGAAACCCAAGCCAAAGAGGAGCAAUGUGUGCCGGAGGUCUCUGGUAGAGCAGCAGCUGUAGGAAACUCUAGUGUUGAGUUGGCUCCAGAGAAAACAGUUGUGGAGCGUGUGAGAGCUAAUGACCUCUCAAGUACAGCAGCUCUGACUCCUCCAGCCACUCCUCCCCACCAGAUGUGGAAACCCCUGGCUGCUGUGGCCCUGCUGGGGAAGAGCAAGGCCACUGAGGCCUCCAAGUCGAGUCCUUGCAAGGCUAUCCAGAUAGAAGCCCGGCCUCUGCCCUCAGUCAGGUCCCGCAGCAAACCCGCUGCUGCUGCCACUGUAGCCCCCGACGUUGCAUGCAUGGACCAUGACUAUUGCCUCCCCAACAAAGACACUUCUACUGGAGAGUCAGGCAAACGCUGGAAUGUCAAACAGCAGUCUUUUAUCACUAUUAAACCCAUCAAGCAACCCGCUGCUACCACUACACAAAAACCCCCAGCUGCCCCGGCAUCGUCUGCCCAGUCUACUACGAGCACUGCGGUUACAACCAAAACACAAGAAUUUCCACUGACAGAGCCCUUGGAUCACAGGACUGAUGGGAUGCAGAUAAGCUCUGUUCUGGAGACUCCUGAUGCUUCGCCUGCUCGGCAGGAGACUGUUGCCACUGUUAAAGAAGGAAGCCCCAGGAGAGGGCCUUUUGGAAGGUCCUACCGUCGACAUGCCGCUUCUCGCGCACCCAGCCCCAGAUCUAGUCCCAAAGAGAGGACUGGAGGCCGGUCUAGAAAAAGAAGAUCCCAUCGUUCUCCCAGCCCUAUGUCCAGCGGUUCAGAGUCAGACUCCCAUUCCUCUAGAUCUCGGUCUAGAUCACGCUCUCCAUCUAAGAAAAGGUAUCGUCCCUGUCACUCUGGGAGUAGUUCCAGCUCCUCAUCCCGGUCCUCCUCUCGGUCCUCUCCCUCUGUGUCCCGCUCCCCUCCCAGAAGGAGAAGGUACUCUUAUUCCUCCUCUCGUUCUGGCUCUUGGAGUCGUUCCAGGUCGCGGUCUCGAUCCCCUCAGAGACGAGCACAGUGGAGUAGAAGCAGUAGAUUGUACAGUCCCUCAAGUAGGCCUGGCUAUGGUCACAGAGGAACACGUGUGGAAGAGGUCAAGAAAUGCAAGGAGAAGGCCAUCGAGGAGCGCCGUGUUGUUUACGUUGGUCGAAUUCAGGGAACGAUGACACAAAAAGAACUUAAAGAGCGCUUCUCUUUAUUUGGCGAGAUUGAAGACUGCACCCUGCACUUUAGAGACCAUGGGGACAACUAUGGGUUUGUGACUUAUUACGACACCAAGGAUGCUUUCACGGCCAUAGAGAAUGGAAGCAAGCUUCGCAAGCCUGAUGAGCUGCCAUUUGAUCUCUGUUUUGGUGGAAGGAGACAGUUCUGCAAGACCAGCUAUUCUGACCUAGAUUCGAGUAGAGAGUACGAUCCAGUGCCUGCGAAAGGCAAAUUUCAUGCACUAGACUUCGACACUUUACUGAAACAGGCCCAGCAGAAUCUGAAGAGGUAACAGGAGGCCUGAAGCAGGAAGCAGCUGACACUUACCUCAGAGCCAACGGUUGGCUCCUCACCUGCAACAUUGUCUUUACAUUUUAGUUGUUGAAUUAGUUUUGCAUACUUUUUUUGUUUGUUUUAUUUUGUUUCUGCAAGCUAACACCUUCUAUUGAAGUGAAGAUUUGUAAUGAAAGUAGUAAAAGAAAAAAAAAUGAAAUGAAAUAAUUUUUUAAAAUUUAUUUAAAUGUAAAAAAUAAAUUUUGAAUUGUAUGGAGAGAAUCAAUUUUAAAAGGGGGAAGGUGAAUGAAACUCCUUAAUUACUGGGAGAUGCUGUAAUACAUUUGAAUGUACUACAAACCUAAAUAAAAAAAAAAAGAGAACCUUAAA